AUGUCGACUGUUCCUCCCCCUUCGGCCGACCAGGACUACAAGUCCACCUUGCUCCCCCUCCUCAUCUCCAACAACGUCCUCUCGUUCGGCAGCUAUGUCUUGAAGUCCGGCCGCGAAUCGCCCUACUUCUUCACCUCUUCCCUCCUCCACACCGCACCUUUGCUGCGUGCCUCAUCUGCCGCAUACGCCAGCGUUCUUUCCGCCGAGCCUUUUGUCACUACCAACUCUGAUGGCACCGCCCAGCCCAACUUCGACAUCAUCUUCGGACCUGCAUACAAGGGAAUCCCCAUUUGCGCAUCUGUCACCAACGAGCUUGCUGUGCGGGAUUCACUGUCCGGCAAGAACACCUGGGAUAAUGUGAGCUACUCCUUCAACCGCAAAGAGGCCAAGGCACACGGUGAGGGUGGAAACAUUGUCGGUGCCUCGCUCAAGGGCAAGCGGGUUGUCAUCGUGGACGAUGUCAUCACUGCUGGCACCGCAAUCCGUGAGGCAGUCGGUAUCAUUGAGAAGGAAGGCGGCAUUGUUGCUGGUAUUGUCGUCCUGCUGGAUCGGGAGGAGCGUGUUAGCGAUACCGAGACCAAGAGCGCCAUUGGCGUUGCCCAGCGUGACCUUGGUGACAAAAUUCCCAUCCGGUCAGUCCUCGGUCUCCACGACUUGAUUGAGAAGCUCGAUGAUAAGAUUGGCGCCGCCGAGAUUCAGCGGUUGAAGGAUUACCGUGAGCGCUACGGUGCUCAAUAG